UCCGCGGCGGGCGGGAUAUCCGCAGUAGUAACCUAGCUAAUAACAUGGCGAAGACUUACGAUUACUUGUUUAAACUGCUUUUAAUCGGCGAUUCCGGCGUUGGGAAAACCUGCGUGCUAUUCAGAUUUUCAGAAGAUGCCUUCAACUCAACGUUUAUCUCCACUAUAGGUAUUGACUUCAAAAUCAGAACAAUAGAAUUAGAUGGGAAGAAGAUCAAGCUACAGAUAUGGGAUACAGCAGGACAGGAAAGGUUCAGGACUAUCACAACAGCCUACUACAGAGGAGCCAUGGGCAUCAUGUUAGUGUAUGACAUUACCAACGAGAAGUCCUUUGACAACAUCAAGAACUGGAUACGGAAUAUAGAAGAGCAUGCCUCAGCAGACGUGGAAAGGAUGGUCCUCGGAAAUAAGUGUGACGUCAAUGACAAGCGACAGGUGUCCAAAGAAAGAGGAGAGAAGUUGGCACUGGAGUACGGUAUCAAAUUCAUGGAGACCAGUGCGAAGGCAAACAUCAAUGUGGAGAAUGCCUUCUUAACCCUCGCCAGAGACAUUAAGGCAAAAAUGGACAAGAAGCUGGAGGGAAACAACCCACAGGGCAGCAGUCAAGGAGUAAAGAUUACAGAACAACCCAAGAAGAGCAGUUUCUUCCGCUGCACGCUGCUGUGAGAAGACGAGCGUGUCAGCAACCACCAUCGCCUUAACCGUGUUCCCCCCACUGGACAGAACUGGACAGAGCACACACUUAUCUCUGUUUUAUCCUUCUUCAUUUGUCUUCCUCCUCCUUCUGAUUUGAUCUGUGAUUAUGAAAUUAGGAAAAGGAAAAGUCUACCCCCCCACCCGGUUUACCCAUCUUCCUUUAAUACCUGUGGAUCUAACUGCUGUGCGCUCUGUUACAUAUUUAACCUGAUUUCUUUUUUUCAUUUUUCCCCCAUUAAUUGACAUUUUCAAAGUAGGCAUACGAGUGAAAGAUUCUUAAUGGCCAGUUCCUUGCAUAAUAAAAAUGUUCAAACCUUUUGAGAAUGACAGCUAAUAAUUAAUGGACUCAUUCAUCAGCUACCUAACAGGAGAGGCCCACUUUGAGCGGCCGUCUCUCAAGUUUAUCAUGUUAAAAGGCUGAUCAUGUUAGCGCAGCUACAAACUGUUGUUCAUAGAAGCAAAAUCCAGGUGUCUGGAACAUCGGCUUUUGUGGUUUUGAUUAUAGUUUCAAAAUUGCUCCCAGCAGAAAGGUAGUAUUCUUCUUAGAGAUUGAGGAUGUUACAUGGAGAAAAUUGUCAAAACUCCCUUCACAGAACAGCACUAACCAGAAUAGAAAGAGAAGUGGGAGACCCCAAGUACAUCAGAAUCUCAAGAGAAACACACACGCCUCACAGUUCCUCAUCUGGCAGCUUUUUUUUUUUUUUUUUUUUUAACGUGGGAUUCGUAAGAGCCCAGACAUGCUGGUUUGUGAAGUGAGUAGUAAACACAGUUGUGUUUCUUUGAACAGGAAUCUAACUUUUUGAGGUGCAUUUUUAACCUAUAAUCCAACACACAAAGGCUGAUCCUCCAGACUUAACUAGCUGUAUUGUUUGCUUCUUUAGUCAGCACAGCAUUCUUCAGCUUCUUACAUGAUGAUCUUGGAUUAGGUGACACGAUGUGACAUUGGAAGCCAGAGGUGACGGUUGCUGAAAAAAGGGCUCUGUACGCCUAUGUUGAUAUCCCAUUAAAAAACAGUGAUGAUUUCUGAUGAAUAAUUCCAUUAAUCAUUAAUUGUUGUUUCCAAUCAAAUUCAUGUUGUAUUACAUAAAAAGAAAAACGCUUUUCUUUCAAAAGCAAGGCCGUUUCUAACUGGUCGUAAACCUUUGAGCAGCACUGUAUUUCAUCCUUAUGACCAACAAAAGCCCAGGUUUUACUUCCAGAAUGACUGUAUUACACUCGUGUGCUUUUCUAAUAUUUCAGCUGUCACCUGUGCUGCCAGUGUGAUCAGUACAAUCCCCCAGUACUUUUUUAAGCUAUUAUAUUAGAUAUUUGUACUGACAGGGUGGUCUAGCUUUUUUUUUUUUUUAAUGUCCACAUUUAUGUAAAUGCAUCAUGUAAAUAUAUAUAAUUGAUUAUGAUUCACCAUAUUAUACAGUAAUGCCAGCACAUGUCACUCAUCGUAUCCAGAGUGGGGUUUACAUGUCGUCUCUCCACCUUUUCUACUCUCAACUUUCCUUCUCCUAGAACAUUCCAGUCUUCUUUAAUGUGCAAUGUAAUGUAUGAAAGAGCCCAGAUUUUUCUUUGUAGUACUGACGUGGCUACAGCAGGGUUUUUUGUUUGUUUGUUUGUUUGUUCUUUUUUUGGGGGGGCAGCACAUGCAUUCCUUUUGUUGUUGCUUUUCACACUGUUUUAGCAAUACCUACACUGACCACCUGGAGGCAACUCUGCUACACAGCAGUGGCACCAAAACAGUCAGAGCAGUAGUGAAAUCAUUGUUUUAAUGCAUUUGUACGUCUUCCAGUUUUCCGUUCCAAUGGGGGAACAUAUACACAACUGUUUCCUGGGCCUUGGAUAGGUGCUGUGCUGUAGCAGUAUUUAUGGAGUAAAACAAAACAUAGCACCAAAAUGACAAAGUGCCCUUUUAAGUUCUUCUUGAUUAUGCACUUUUUUCCUUUUUCUUUCUGUUUGGGGGAAAAAAAAGUUAACAUUUAUUUACUGUUUAUUGCAAGUCUAAACUGAGAGCAAGGAAUUUUCAUGCACAAGAUUUCCAUGGACCCUCUCCAGGCUUCCAAAAAAACCCAAAA